CGUGGGGGAAAGGGCGGGGCUUAGUCAGCACAAAAUGGCGCCGGCGGAGUGAGAGAGUCUUCUGGCGUUUUGUCACGAGAGGCCGAGAGCGCGAGAGAGAGGAGGAGGAGGAGGAGGGGGAGAGGGGGAGAAAAAUUGGAACGAAAACCGCUCGGAAGUCGACUUACUCGGCCGAGCCGUUGAUUUGAUGAGGUAAAGUGUGUUGCGGGGAAGCGAUUUGUCACUCCCAGAAGCGGCCGAAGAAGAAGAAGAAGAAGAAGGAGAAGAAGAGGGUGUGAAUGAAAAGGAGCGGCGGUGGAGGGCAGAGAGAGAGAGAGAGAGUGACUGACUAUCUGAUCUGAUCGCAUCGGCACCGCCAGUCUGGACACACAGAGAGAGAGAGAGAGAGUUUGAUAUUUACUUUGAGAUCCAUUCAGCAGUUUCGGGGCUGUGGGUUUUUUUUUAAAAAAAGAAACCCGUAACCAGCCCGAGCUAUGAAGGAGAAGGACGUGUCCUCCCCCAAGUCGAGUGGGAAACGCGGGGAAGACCGAAGAGGAGGCCACCACCACCAGCAGCAACAGCAGCAGCAGCAGCAGCAGAGGAAAAUGGGGACGAACAGUCACAACAACACCAUCAACAGGAAUAACAAAGCCCACAACGUCAAGAGAACCCGCAAUAUCAGCGCGAAAAGGACCAACAGUCGCGAUUACGAGGUCUAUCAGCCCAACAGGACUAGCAAUAAUUUAAGUGUUUCUUCCGUCUCCUCAAGGACUAGUAGGAAUGACCGCCACGCGACUGAUUACAAAGCUCUGAAAAUCAGCGACUUGGGCUCCCAGCUCAGUGACGGGGCCAUCGAGGACGGGCUGUUCCACGAGUUUAAGAAGUUCGGAGACGUGAGCGUAAAGAUUUCCCGGGACGGCGAUGAGAGGGUGGCCCUGGUGAAUUUCAGACACUCAGAGGAUGCCAAGGCUGCCCGCCAUGCGAAAGGCCGGCUGGUGCUGUAUGAUCGGCCUCUGAAAAUUGAGGUUUAUUAUCCUCCUCCAAAAGGGAGGAGUUACUCGCCCGAACUGGAUGGCUAUUCAGCAGCAAGCGUUCAGGGAAACCGUCACAGGCAGAGGUCUCUGUCCCCCGGAGGACUCGGCUACAGAGAACAUCGGGUACAGCAACGCAGUUCUUUGGGACGUCAAAUUCCACCACCCCCACCUCCCCCACCGCUCGCCCAGCGAGAACUAGAAAGGGAGAGGGAUUAUGCCUUUUAUGAAGGACGGGGACGUGCUGCUUAUACAAUUGAUAGAACUACAUUCAGGGAGGAGGAAAAGUUGCCUGAAGACGAUAAACGAGCUAAUAGGACGUUGUUUAUUGGUAACUUGGACCCAUCGGUGUUACAGAAUGACCUUCUGCUUGCUUUCGAAAGGUUUGGAGUUAUCUUAGAGGUAGAUAUCAAAAGGCCGGCUCGUGGGCAAGGCAAUUCCUAUGGUUUCCUGAAGUUUGAAAACUUGGAUAUGGCCCACAGAGCCAAGAUUGCGAUGUCUGGCAAAGUGAUUGGGAGAAAUCCGAUUAAAAUUGGUUAUGGAAAGGCAACUCCGACCACCCGCUUGUGGGUUGGAGGACUGGGUGCCUGGGUCCCUGUAGCUGGUCUAGCCAGGGAAUUUGACCGCUUUGGGACCAUUCGGUCGAUCGACUACAGAAAGGGUGACAGCUGGGCUUACAUUCAGUACGAAAGUUUGGAUGCUGCACAAGCCGCUUGUACUCAAAUGCGUGGUUUUCCUUUGGGCGGUCCCGAUCGCAGAUUGAGAGUUGACUUUGCCGAUACAGAGCACCGCUAUCCACAGCAAUUUCUGCAGGCCUUACCUUUGCCUCCCUUUGAAUUGGUUGGAGAUGGCCUUGUACCUCGUGGUGCUGAAUGUUUAAGGGCCCGAGAGAGAAAUUCACCUCCUCUGCCUUUUAGAGAAAGGGAGAUUUAUCCAGCCACUGACUGGCACAUCCUUUCUGUGCGGGAGAGAACCCGAAAUGCUCAUGAACAGUUUGAUCCCAUUGAACGUGAAAUCCGAGAUACCUGGUCUCUUGAGCGUGGGCGAGAGCAUGUCUUGCAAAAUUGGGACCAAAGAAGAAAAAGGAGAGUUCCGCUUGAAGGACGGACUUUAGACCGUUCCCCCAGCAACGAUCGGCAGCGAAAGCGUCGCUGUCUUUCACCAGAGCGCAGUCCAGGUAACAGCAGUCGGGACGGUGGCCGGCAUAGUGACUCAGAAGCCAAGAAUGAACGAUAUUCCCCUGGCAGGGAUCGCCGGAACAGCACAGAAAAAGGUGCUAGCAGCAAACACGAGGUGCGAAGUCUCUUGAGUCUUAUCGAAAAGGAUAAAGACCGCAAACACAGAACUAUGGAAAGCGAGAGCCCUCUUCGAAGCAAAUCCAAAUCAGACUCCACCAAUACCAAAGCACCUAGUAACUUCCAGCAAUACGAUCACAAACUCAUCAUUGCCUGGCAUGGAAUGCUGGUUCUGAAAAACAGUUCUUUCUCAACAAACAUGCACUUCCUUGAGGGCGACUUGACUGUGGCGACCAACUUGCUUGUGGACCUCUCGACUGGUGGAAAAGUAGCACAGUUAAAAAUUACUCAACGCCUCCGACUGGAUCAGCCUAAGUUAGAUGAAGUAACCAGACGCAUCAAGGCAUCGGGUUCUAAUGGCUACUGCGUUCUUUUGGCCGUACCCGCAUCAAACAGCGUAGAAAAUGUGGAAGGGGCCUUUGAGCAGGCCACAUCACCACAACGACCAUUGAGGAACUUGGUAUCCUAUCUAAAACAAAAGCAGGCUGCUGGCGUUAUCAGCCUGCCAGUCGGCGGAAGCAAAGAGAAGGACAACAUGGGUGUGCUGCAUGCUUUCCCCCCUUGUGGUUUCUCUCAGCAGUAUCUGGAAACCUCUGCUCGAGCGCUGGCCAAAUCUGAAGAAGACUGUCUGGUUAUAAUAAUUGGACAGAAUAUUUGAAUGGCAAAACUAAGGAAGAAAUAUUCGGCUGGAAUUUAGAACGAAGACAAUUUUUUGUGUGAAAUAAGAUGGCCGUUUGCAGGGGAAAGAAAGAUUUUUGUUGAUGUUUGUUUUUUUAAAAAAAAGGCUGCAUAAUUCACUGGAAUGGCAGUUUUAUAUAUAAAAAAAAGUUCCUGUAUCUGCUAUUGUGAAACCAGGUCCUGUGUUUUGAGGGGAAAAAAUGAUCUCCUUGCUGUGUGCUGUUUAUAGCUGAUUACUGGGAGGAAAAAAAGGAGAAAAGGCAUUUUCUGGCUCAACCUGCUGAAUACUGGCUAUCGCAAACACACGUACACACUGUGAGCUGAUUGUGUUGUCAUCCAAAAUCAAUAAAAUGUGUUUUCUUUUGAGGAAAAAAAAUCUGCUUUGGAGUAAGUUUGAUGAAGCCAAAAAAAUGACGCCCUUUUGUGUGCACUGCAAGGGGCUUUUGUUGCUGAAGCCCCCAUUAUUUG